ACAUAUAAAUAGCUACAAUUAAGUCAUCAAAACGUCAUCAURACAUUAUUGAUAGUAUGCGCAUGCUCUACUCUAGUUUAACACCAGGUUUUCUCCAUGACAUUUGAGGAACAUUUACCACGAAAACAAUAAGAAUUAUAAACAAUAUAGACAGCUGAUAUAUUGUUGUCUAAGAAUUCUUCAAGCUGUCAAAGCUGUUAUUUUCAAGGUUAUCGUCUUGUAGGAGGAAGGAUUUGUAAAAUAUCCCCCACCAACAGCAGAUCUGUGGUCAAAGGAUUUUGACACUGGGAUUAUAAGUUGGAGAGCAGUUUUUUUCGUAUUAAUGCUCUUCUAAAUCAACUAGUCAUUGGCCUUUAGGGUAUUCUUUUUUUACCAUAACGGACAGCGUUAGCUGGUGUUGAUCGUUCAAACAGGAAUUGUUUGUCUAGGCCGGUCCUUUGGUUUUGGAAUAUUUGCUGUAGAUAUUGAGUUAAGCUGUUAAUUAUAUCGAUGAAAAUCUUUUAAAUAUUUCGAAAAAGAUUGAUURAGCUUAACUUUCGGAUUCCAAGCUUCUAACAUGUCGAAUGAAGUCUCAGAGACGACCACCCACGUACCGUUGCUGAAAUAUGAAGAUCAAGACUCUCUUGUUGGGUUUGGUGGUAGCAGGGAAGAAGGAAUGGCCGACUCAGACAGCCUUGAAGGACAUAUUAUAACAGUUGUCAAGCCAUCAAGCAACAAUUACCUCGUCAGGAUGAUCAAAAAGCAGACAUUUUGGCUGGCAGUUUUGAUCUUUGUUCUCAUAUUAACGUGUAUUAUUUUAGGAACUUUGUUAUCUCGAUCGAAAAAGGAGUACAAAUCGCUUUCUAAUGUCUGUCUUACUGAAGGUUGCUUGGACUCAGCACACUAUAUGCUCCAUGCUAUUGACCCAGCAGCAGACCCUUGUAAAGAUUUCUUUCAAUAUUCUUGCGGAGGAUGGAUAAAGAACCACCCUAUACCUGACAGCCAAGCGUUUUGGGGCACRUUUUCCAGUCUUUGGGAAAGUAACAUGAAAGUAAUGAAGCGGUUAUUGACCAAUCAAGCGAUAAAAAACUCUACCAGCACGGCUAUCAAAUUAGCAAAAACAUUCUACGAUUCAUGUAUGAACAUGGACGAAAUCAAUAAACGAGRGGCUGAGCCAUUAAACAAAAUUAUCAAAGACCUUGGAGGAUGGAGAGUCAGUGAAAACACCACUGGAAAAAAAUGGGAUGAAAAGACGUUCAAUUUCGAGGACCAAUUGAAGAAAGUCCAAUUACAUUAUGGUGCCUCUGUGUUGUUUAGUUUUUCUGUUCAAGCUGAUGACAAAAACUCAUCAAGCAACAUAAUUGAGUGUAUCUCUGAAACUGAUGAUUCUGCAGUCGGCAUGGCACUUGGGAAUCUGUUUGUCAAGGAAAAGUUUGAAGGAUCUAGCAGAACAGAUGCAACAAAGAUGAUCAAUGAUAUCCGUGCUGCCUUCAAAGCAAGGCUUCCAUUGCAAGACUGGAUGGAUGACAAGACAAGACGGGCUGCCAUUGAUAAAGCAAAUGCCGUCAUCAAUAUGAUUGGUUAUCCAGAAUACAUCACAGACUCUAAGGAGCUUGAUGAAAAAUACGAAGGACUCAUGUUUUCUCCCACAGAAUAUUUUAACAAUUCCCAAACCAGUGCAGCCUUUUCAAUGAAAAAGAACUUGAAACAGCUACGGAAAGGAGUAGAUAAAAACAAGUGGCUCAUGACCCCACAGACAGUUAAUGCCUAUUACAGCCCCUCAAGAAACCAGAUWGUUUUUCCUGCUGGGAUUCUUCAGGCUCCGUACUACRACAAGAGAUACCCUAAGGUGCUUGGGACGCUGUCCAACCUGAAGGAGUUUGCAGCGGCAUUCAAUUGUCCACUUGGAAGUAAGAUGAACCCUUCUAAUAAGUGUGUUAUCUGGUAAUGAUACGCACAGGGCGAUAACGCUUCUCGACUGGUGUAUGCAUAUUGCAUGUUGACUGCAUGCGAAAGCACUCUAUGAAAUUCCAGAAAGAAAGAUUUGUACCAGCAUGCUAUAGGGACCUUGGUUCAUUGUAAUGUCUAUAGAGAAUGAGGGAAAGCGUACUUUAUUAUAUAAUUACCAAUGAAAUAUAUAUUUUUCUAUUUCGAAAAAUUGAUAUCUUCAACACCAUUGCGAUGGCUAUUCAAAAAUACACAAAAAGAAU